AUGAGCAAAAACAGAACAAGCGCCGCCCUUCCUCCCCUAUCUACCACCCCCCUCACACCCGAAACCCUUAAACUCCUCCUCGACAUCUUCGACCACGCCAUGUCCCACACCCACUACGCAGUCAGUGGCCACGCCGCUCUCAUGGUAUGGGGCUACCGUAGCAACAACAACAACCACAACCGAAACAAAACGAAGCACCCGCCCUUCUCACACGUAAGCAUCGUCUGCCCGGCAGCGGACAAACAGGUGAUCCUGGCGUGGGCAAAGGCCGCCGGCUGGCACGUCUAUGCGCCUUCGUCUUCCCCAGGGCAAGGAGGAGACCACGCCGACGUGAUUGGCGUUCCGGUUCCCGGCGAGGGCGCGGGGGAACUGGUAGUGUGGCCGUUCAGACUCCGGGCGGUCGGGGACCCCGCGGCGUGGGAAAAUCUUGACGUCGUCAGGCCGUGCGAGAUGGAGACGCCGUACGUGGGGUGGGCGGGGGAGGCGAUGAGGACCGGGGCGCGGGUGCUGGCGGUACCGACUCUGCUGGAUGAGUUUGGUAGGGCGUGGUACUUUUGUGUGGUCAAAGGAGAGGGGAGAAGCGACGGUGGUGGUGAUGAGCGGGAGAGACAUGUUGCUGAACUGAUGUUGUGGAUAUUGCGGCGGUUGGCGGCGGAUGUUGAGAAGAAUGGUGUGAGCGCGAGAUGGAAGCUGAUGCCGGACAAGGUACUCUGUCUCUUGUAUGACAAGUUCUGGGACGCUUUUGUACACAGGUAUCCGGAUGCGCUGAGCUUGUUUCAGCAAUGCGGCUUACCGGGCCCGAUGCGACCUGCCCGGGUGGAGGUAGCAACGGCUUUCACUGCAACCACUACCAAAACUGCCUCGGACGAAUUCGCAACGGGGUUGUACAUGGUUCCCCCUUAUGGUCAGGGGAGAGGUGGCUCCAGGAUUGACGAUAUGCUUGACCAUCCACAUCCAACGACACCGGGGGAAUCCCACACCUGGAUCUGA